UGUGCAAUGCUGUGGAUAGCCGCCAGGGUGCGCAGGUUUCCAACCUAUAGUCACAUGACACAAACUGAAGAUGUCUGCGACAGAAGAGGACACGGAACUCAGAGAUCUACUGAUCCAAAACUUGGAAAACAGCGGUGUUUUGAAUAAAAUUAAGGCAGAGCUUCGUGCAGCUGUUUUUCUUGCCUUAGAAGAGCAGGACAAAGUUGAGAAUAAAUCACCUCUUGUGAAUGAAAACCUGAAAAAGUCCCUCAACACAAAGGAUGGUCGCUUGGUAGCAGGUCUUAUCAUUGACUUCCUGCAAGUCUUCAAUUUAGACUUCACCCUAGCGGUGUUUCAACCUGAAAUUAGUACGCUCAAUGGGAUUGACAGUCGUGAAACUCUGUCUAAAGAGCUUGGCAUAUCGGAAUCGGAGGUGAAUAAAAACACCCCUCUCCUGCUAGAGUUGGUGAAGAGGGGCCGGCAUAAGGACAAGACCUCCAUUUUCACAGAGGGAGAUCGGUUGACUGAGAGAACUUUUCCCAAGGAAUUAUUGCCCCGUCAAAUUGCUGAUGCCCGCAAGAAAUUUGACAGUCAUGACAAGAACAGAAGUGGUGAGAUCAACAGAGAUGCUGUUGUUGGCAUUUUCGCCGAUCUUUUUCCCCAGUUCAGCAGAAACAUGCUAGACAGUUACGUCACUGAGGAAUUUAGAGCCAAAGGCAAGGACACGAGCAAUACUGUAGACUUUCAGGACUUCCUGGGAAUGUACAAAUAUUUUUUCAUACAGUGUCGAAGUGUGGUUACCAGUGAGAGUAGCGAUGCACUUUACUCCUCAAGUAAAACUACUGAAGAUAGAAUCUUUUCGUCUUCCGCCAGUAAGAUACCCAGGUAUAAAGGAUUUGUUAAGCACAGUUCAGCGCAGGAAGAAAAGGCUGACCCAAAGGCUGGAGACAGCAGACCUGGUGAAACACUGGGGCCUCAGAAGAACAGAGGGUCUGUUCAAGUGUCUGAAGGGUCAGAGGAGGGGUUAGGUGAUGGGAAAAAUCUCCCCACCACACUGAGGAGAGCACUGGAGUUUGGACUGGAGGAUGAGGAUGAAGGAGACUCAUUCUUUGAUGAUCCUCUUUCUAAACCUCAAAAGACCUAUGGCUGUGGUUUAUCUUUGGCAGAUAAGCCUUAUUCAGGUCAGAAGGACCUGUCUGCUAUUGGCAGUGAUAAUGCAGGAGAUGGAGAGGACAUGCUCUCUGACUGUGAUAACAGGCCCAGCCCUGACUCUGAACCUAGGAGAGAAGGCUUGGGCAGCAGUUUAGGGAAAGCAUUCACGGCAGACACGCAGCUAAAGAGUGCGGGAGGAUCUCCUGAGAGCAGCCAGAAAGAUCAUUCAUCUUACAAAAAUGGUACGUCUAGUUCUAAAGAUAAGGGUGUAAAAGAGUUUCCCGCUCCAAAUGAGAAAACUGCAUCCCCUUUGCUGGAUGAAGAUCUUGACUAUGACGAUGACUUCAACAGUCAUCGUUCUGAAAACUCUAAGAGUGAAGUGAGCAUCGAUGAGGAGAUUGAGGAGGUGUCGAUAGAGGGACCUGACAUCAGCGAUAAGCUUGAUGAAACCACUCAGGAUGUGAGCGUCUCGCAGAUAAGUUUGGGUGCCGACUACAUGGAAGAUGUUGCCUGACAUCUAACUGUCAGUUCCAUAUUUUAUACUUUAUGUAUUUAUGGAUUUAGUUCACAAUAAAUAAUUAAGUACAGUCUGACUGUUGACUC